CGCCAUGGAGCUCUGCGUGAUUCAUCAGCGGCGGCGGGGAGGCAGCGGGGUACCGCGCACCGUCCCCGCAUAGGCACGGCCGCGGCGGGGGCAGCGCCGGCACCGUUCUGCCACCCGCACCGCCUUUCACCUCUCCUUCACUGCCUGCUCCUCUACCCCCGCGGCUAGGCGAGGAUCCCGGAGGAGGCAAGAUGGAAGAAAUCCUCCGAAAGCUGCAGAAGGAGGCGUCGGGGAGCAAGCACAGGGCCAUCAAGGAGAGCUGCACCUGUGCCAUCGAAAUCUUGAAUUCUCCUGAUGCUGCUAUCAAGAUACCUCCGUAUCAGCUAAGGGAGAAGUGUCUCCUUCCUCUCCAACUGGCUCUGGAAUCAAAAAGCAUGAAGCUGGCUCAACAGGCUCUAGCAGGGAUGCAGAAGCUGCUGUCUGAUGAGAGGUUUGUAUCCAUGGAGACAGACUCAGAUGAAAAACAGUUGCUUAAUCAGAUGCUAAAUGCCGUCAAAGUGACUCCUUCACUCAAUGAAGACCUACAGGUUGAAGUGAUGAAGGUCUUGCUCUGUAUAACAUAUACCCCCACAUUUGAGCUGAAUGGGAGUUCAGUGUUGAAGAUUGCUGAGUUGUGUUUUGCAUGCCAUAGAGCUGGAACUCCCCGAAUGCAUGAAAUUAUGAAAGUGUCCAUUGCAUUCCUCCUUGGGGCCCUGAGCAAUCACAUUUUUACUGGUGCUUCUUCAUCAAUGGCUUUCCAAAAGGUUUGCAUUGAGACAUAUGUAUCUAGCUGUCACCAGCGGAGCAUUAACACCGCUGUGCGGGCAACCCUCAGCCAAAUGUUGAGUGACUUGACUUUACAGUUGCGACAAAAGCAAGAAAAUAUGACAAUUGAAAACCAUGACACCUUGCAGAAGUUCAAGAGUCAAGGUACUUCAACUGAGUCUCUUUGUGACGAUGUUGUAUCUGUCCUCACUGUGCUCUGUGAGAAGCUACAGGCUGUCAUAAAUGACAAUCGGCAACUUCAGCUUCUUUAUUUGGAGUGCAUCCUCUCCAUGUUAAACAGCUCCUCUCCCAGCAUGCACCAACACAAAGGAUUCACUGAUCUCAUAUGGAAGCAACUGUGUCCAGCACUCGUAGUAAUCCUGGGAAAUCCAAUCCAUGACAAAACUAUCACCUCUGCCCACAGCAGCAUCUGCCUGGAGGCUGAUUCACCUUCCUCAGGGAUCUCUGACCAUGGCCGGGGUUCGGGUUGUUCCUCCACAGCACCUGCCCUUAGUGGGCCAGUUGCACGGACCAUAUAUUACAUUGCAGCAGAACUGGUUCGACUGGUCGGCUCAGUGGAAUCCAUGAAGCCUGUGCUGCAGUCUCUCUAUCACAGGAUAUUGCUUUACCCACCACCUCAACACCGAGUUGAAGCCAUCAAAAUUAUGAAAGAGAUACUUGGCAGUCCUCGAAGGCUUUGUGAUUUGGCAGGGCCCUGCUCUUCUGAGUCAGAAUCGAGGAAGAAGUCUAUUUCUAAAAGGAAGUCCCAUCUGGAUCUUCUCAAGCUUAUCAUGGAUGGCAUGACAGAAGCUUGCAUCAAAGGUGGUAUUGAAGCGUGUUAUGCUUCAGUGUCCUGUGUCUCUGCCCUGCUUGGAGCACUAGAUGAGCUGAGCCAAGGGAGGGGGCUUAGUGAAGAGCAGAUCCAGCUGCUGCUCCAGCGCUUAGAAGAACUGAAGGAUGGGAGUGAGACCAGCAGGGACUCCAUGGAGAUCAAUGAUGCUGACUUUAGGUGGCAGAGACGCAUCCUGUCCUCAGAAAAUCCUGCCUGGGAAUCAGGAAAUGAGAAGAGUCCUGAUAUUAGCAUUAGUGUUACCACAGACACUGGUCAGACCACUUUGGAAGGGGACAUGGGACAGACAACUCCAGAGGAUAAUCCAGAGAGUCAAAAAAUCUCACUGCCCUCUCCAGCUGGACACGAAAGCAAAGAGAUUCAUUAUAGAGAACCAGAGUCAGAAACCAUUGACCAACCAGAUGUUGUUCAAAGAAGCCACACCAUAGUCUAUCCAGAUAUAACUAACUUUUUAUCAGUUGAUUGCAAGACCCGGUCCUAUGGAUCCAGAUACAGUGAAAGUAAUUUCAGUGUAGAUGACCAGGACCUUUCUAGGACUGAGUUUGAUUCAUGUGAUCAGUAUUCCAUGGCAGCAGAGAAAGACUCAGGAAGGUCAGAUGUCUCAGACAUAGGCUCUGACAAUUGCUCCCUGGCUGAUGAGGAGCAAACACCACGGGAUUGUCCAGGUCACAGGUCCUUACGUACUGCUGCUCUCUCUCUGAAAUUGCUGAAAAACCAAGAAGCAGACCAGCACAGUGCACGGCUGUUUAUCCAGUCACUUGAAGCUCUUCUUCCUCAGCUUAUAGCUCUUCCCAGCAUAGAGGAGGUGGAUGGAGCACUGCAGAGCUUCUCUUCAACCUUCUGCUCAGUUACUCACGUUAUCCACGCCCCCAAAGUGACGACAGUGGAAAGUCCAAGAAGGCAGCAGCACAGAGCUUUCAAACCCUCACGAGGUAUGAUGCACUCACCAGGAUUUGAGGGAAACCUAAAUUUCAGCUUCCAAACUCUGAUGAAUGCAGACAGUCUCUACAUGGUCUCACAUUACACUCUGCUGCUGAACCUAAAACUGGCCAACUCAGAUUACUACAGGAAGAAACCUGCCCAAGCCCCUGUGCUGCUGAAAGAGUUCAUGAAGCAGGUCCAGUCUAGUGGAGUGCUGAUGGUAUUUUCCCAGGCCUGGGUUGAAGAACUGUACCAGCAGGUACUAGAAAGGAACAUGCUAGGGGAAGCUGGAUACUGGGGAAACCCUGAAGAGCACAGCCUUCCACUUAUCACCAUGCUGACUGACAUCGAUGGCCUGGAAAGCAGUGCAAUUGGUGGCCAAUUGAUGGCAUCUGCUUCAGCUCAAUCUCCUCUCUCCCAAAACCAGAAGACAGACGAUUCUGUUGUUGCAGGAGUUGCUUUUGCCCGAUACCUUUUAAUUGGCUGUUGGAAGAACUUGAUUGACACUUUGUCCACACCACUGACUGGCCGCAUGGCAGGCAGCUCCAAGGGGCUGGCCUUCAUCCUGGGAGCAGAAGGAGCCAAGGAGCAGAACCAAAAGGAGAAGGACUCCAUCUGCGUGAGCCUGGAUGGGCUGCGGAGGGCAGCCCGGCUGAGCUGUGCUCUAGGAGUUGCUGCUAACUGUGCAUCUGCUCUUGCCCAAAUGGCUGCUGCCUCCUGUGUCCAAGAAGAGAAAGAGGAAAAAGAAAUCCAAGAGCCCAGUGAUACUAUAGCUCAAGUGAAACAGAAAGUGGAGCAGAAACUGGAGCAGAUGGGAAAAGUGCAGGGAGUCUGCCUGCAUACUGCUCAUGUUUUGUGUAUGGAUGCAGUACUUAACGUGGGCCUGGAGAUGGGAAGCCACAAUCAGGAUUGUUGGCCUCAUGUAUUCAGAGUGUGUGAGUACAUCAGCACACUGGAGCACACCCACUUCAGUGAUGGUGCUUCCCAGCCCUCCCUUACCAUCACCCAGUCACAGCAGGUGCCCGGAGGGCUGCACCCAGACUCUGAGCCUGGGGAGACUCCCCAGGCACCGACACCUGAGCAGGACACCACCCUCAGCAGCAAUCCUGUCAUUCAGCCAGUUUCUAUCCAGGAACUCAUCAAGGAGAGCAGCAAGGGCAGACCUUUUGACUUCCGUGGAGGCAGCCUGCUGUGUGGGACCAGUGCUGCCAAGGCUGUUCUCACACUCUCCACACAAGCAGACAGGCUCUUUGAAGAUGCUGCUGACAAGUUAAACCUGAUGGCAUUGGCAGGCUUCCUCUACCAGCUCAAGAAGGCCUCUCAGGCUCAGCUUUUCCAUUCAGUGACAGAUACGGUUGAUUACUCCCUAGCAAUGCCAGGUGAAGUAAAAUCUACCCAGGACAGAAGAAGUGCACUUCACUUGUUCCGACUUGGUGAUGUCAUGCUCAGAAUAGUAAGGAGUAAAUCUCGCCCGCUGCUUCACCUCAUGCGCUGCUGGAGCUUGGUGGCUCCUCACCUUGUGGAGGCUGCCUGUCACAAGGAGAGACACGUAUCUCGGAAGGCGGUCUCCUUCAUCCACGAUAUCCUCACUGAAGUGCUGAUGGACUGGAACGAGCCUUCUCAUUUUCACUUUAAUGAGGCACUUUUCCGUCCCUUUGAGCGUAUCAUGCAGCUAGAGCUGUGUGAUGAGGAUGUCCAAGACCAGGUGGUCACUUCUAUAGGAGAAUUGGUAGAAAUGUGUUCUACCCAGAUCCAGUCAGGAUGGAGACCCCUGUUCAGUGCCCUGGAAACAGUACACAGCAGCAAGUCAGAGGUUAAAGAGUACCUUGUAGGAGAAUACUCUAUGGGGAAAUGCCAGGCUCCCGUGUUUGAUGUCUUUGAAGCAUUUCUAAACACAGACAGCAUCCAGGUCUUUGCCAAUGCUGCCACCAGUUAUAUUAUGUGCCUUAUGAAGUUUGUAAAAGGACUGGGGGAAGUAGAUUGUAAGGAGAUGGGUGACUGUGUGCCAGGAUCAGGAUCUGCAUCUACAGACUUGUGCCUUCCUGCUCUUGAUUACCUCAGGAGAUGUUCUCAGUUGUUAGCCAAAAUCUAUAAAAUGCCCUCAAAACCCAUCUUUCUCAGUGGCCGGCUGGUUAACUUGCCCGGAAGAGUGCCGGAACAAUCAGCUAGCAGUGAUGAUGGUGUUGAGUGCAUCCUUUCUGACUUUGAUGAUGACACUGGCCUUAUAAAUGUCUGGAUUAUUCUGCUGGAAGAAUUAACAACUGCCAUAUCCAACUGUCCCCGCCAACAUCAGCCUCCUACUUUGGAUCUGCUCUUUGAGUUGCUGAGGGAUGUUGCCAAUACACCUGGCCCAGGAUUUGGCAUUUAUGCAGUUGUACAUCUUCUUCUUCCCACGAUGUCUCUUUGGCUCCAUCGCAGCCACGGUGACCAUUCUUACUGGGAUGUGGCAUCUGCUAAUUUCAAACAUGCCAUUGGUCUUUCCUGUGAACUUGUAGUGGAGCACAUUCAAAAUUUCAUACACUCAGAUAUUGGUUAUGAAACUAUGAUCAAUACUAUGCUGAAAGAUCUUUUCAAGUUGCUAGUAGCCUGUGUAGCAGAACCAACAGAAAUUAUUUCCAGAGUUGGAUGCUCUUGUAUCAGGUAUGUGCUAGUGACAGCAGGGCCUGUUUUUACCGAAGAGAUGUGGAGGCUUGCAUGUUGUGCCCUGCAGGAUGCAUUCUCUGCCACUCUGGAGCCAGUAAAGAACCUGUUGGGCUAUUUCCACAGUGGUUCUGACAGCUUUAGUGGAGAUGCCUGUGAAGUGAAAGUGGCAGCUCCCUCCCUCUCUCCAAGUGCUGAAGCUGAAUACUGGAGAAUCAGAGCCAUGGCACAACAGGUCUUCAUGCUGGAAACUCAAUGCUCCCCAAAGACUCCUAGUAACAAGGAAGGGUUUGAACAUGCUCAGUCAUGCGUGCUUGUCAUCGACCUGCCACCGGAUAAGAAACCAAAUGGACAUACCCAGAGGAGUAUUCCUUUCAGGACAAUAGUGGUGAGCUUACUGUCCCACCAAGUACUGCUCCAGAAUUUAUAUGAUAUCUUACUGGAAGAAUUUGUGAAAGGCCCUUCUAACUUGGAGGAGAAAAUGACAUUACAAGUACCAGAAAACAAGUUGGCUGGUUUUCUCAGGUACAUCUCCAUGCAAAACCUGGCCGUCAUCUUUGACUUACUGCUGGACUCCUAUAGAACAGCCAAAGAAUUUGACACCAGACCUGGACUGAAGUGUUUGCUGAAAAAAGUGUCUGGUAUUAGUGGAGCUGCCAACUUGUACCGCCAGUCAGCAAUGAGCUUCAAUAUCUACUUCCACGCUUUGCUUUGUGCAAUCCUGACAAACCAGGAGAGCAUCACUGCAGACCAAGUGAAGGUGAUCCUUUUUGAAGAUGAUGAGAGAAGUACAGACUCAUCACAGCAGUGUUCUUCAGAAGAUGAAGACAUUUUUGAAGAAACUGCCCAGGUCAGUCCCCCACGAGGGAAGGAGAAGAGACAGUGGAGGGCUCGGAUACCAUCCCUGAGCGUACAGCCCGUCAGCAACGUGGACUGGGGAUGGCUAAUCAAGAGGCUUCAUAAGCUCUGUAUGGAACUGUGCAACAACUAUAUCCAGAUGCACCUGGACCUGGAGAAUAAUGUAGACGAGCCUCCAGUGUUCAGAAGUGACCCUUUCUUUAUUUUGCCAUCCUUUCACUCAGAAACCUCUACCCCAUCAACUGGAGGGCAGUCUGGGAAGGACACACCAUCGGAAGAUGACAGGAGUCAAAUCAGGGACCAACUGGGAGACAGCCUGACACCCAGAGGAGGGAGUGGAGAAAUGUUGUUGCUACCCCCACCCCUAAGUCCUAAGCCAGAGAAAAAAGAGCAAACUAGGAAAAAAGAAUGGUGGGAGAGUGCUGGUAACAAGAUCUACACCAUAGCCACUGACAAAACUAUCUCUAAGCUCAUGUCAGAAUACAAGAAAAGAAAGCAGCAACAGGCCAUGUCAUCCUUCACCAAAGAGGUCAAAGUGGAAAAGAAAGGGGAGCUCCUAGGUUCAAGAGGGCCAGACUCACCCAUACUCCAGAGGCCACAACAUCUUACAGAUCAAGGUCAAAUGAGGCAUUCAUUCAGUGCUGGUCCAGAGAUCCUGAGACAAGACAAGAGACCACGCUCAGGAUCCACAGUCAGUUCCCUGAAUAUAUCUGUUAGGGAUGCCGAGGCCCAGAUACAGGCAUGGACCAACAUGGUGCUGACAGUUCUCAACCAGAUUCAGGCCCUGCCAGACCAAACUUUCACAGCCCUGCAGCCAGCUGUGUUCCCCUGCAUCAGCCAGCUGACCUGCCACGUGACGGACAUCCGCGUGCGCCAGGCCGUGCGGGAAUGGCUGGGAAGAGUUGGCAGAGUUUAUGACAUCAUCGUUUAAACCUGGCUGUGCUCUGCUCUGCUGCAAAGGGAAGAAGACAUCCAAGGUAGACAGCAAAGAAGUACUUGGCAUUCAGUAAUUGCCUGCUUGUUGGUAACAAAUUAAGAAACAAUUAGCUUGUUGAUGUAUAUCCUCUGUCCAUUUGAGACUCUGUGACCCUCACUCACAUUAGCAAUGGAAGCAAAUCAUGAGCGGGUCCGGGAGGGGGAAGGUCUGGAAUGGCCCCAAGACCUGCCAAUAAAUCUGGGUAGGAUCUAAAGGGUGACACCUUUCUUUAGCCUUCAUUUUAAUUCAAAUUUGCAACAGUGGGAGCCACAUGAAACUGCAAGUGAACUUCCACACUUGCAUUUAUCUGUGAAUGCAACCAUCAUCUGGAUGUCAAGCCAGUAAGGCUAUGUAACUUAAAAUAAAUGAAUAAAAAAAAACUUAUAAAAGUCAGGAAAAAAAGGUGGGGCUAUAGGACAAGUGAAAAGUGACACUUGUUUAAAGUAACUUUUUUCCCUUCUGAAAUUAGCAUGAGACUGAAAAGCCAAAUUAAGAUUAUUCAAAUAGCUAUGUCUCACUCACUAGAGAAACUGGAAAUUUAUUUAGCUCUGAGAAGAGCCUUGAAGUCUAGUCACUAACAAGUGACUAUUAAAGUAUCCCAGGUCUAGAACUGGUGAACCAAGCACAGACUCUUCAUCCUUUCAUUGCUCUUGGGGAGUAUUGCUUGGAAAGAAAUGGCACCUUCAAGCUGAACUCUCUGCAACACUACCCUGGCUGCUUCUUCAGCUAUGCCUACAGCUGAUCAUUUUUUCACAUCUAAUUGUCCCUAAGGGCAACAGGGAAGUAUGUUUUGCUGUUUCCUGUGAAGCUGGGGGUAAGACACACCACGGAACAAGUGCCAGCAUCUGCCAAUAUCCAGCAUACAACUAAAGAGAACAGAGAUAAAGCAUUCCAGUUUGAGCAGCACUGCAGUUACAUUAUCUUCUGCUUCUACUGGAAACUUGUAUGUUUGCUGAUAUAGAACAGCUCUAGCCAGGAGCAUCCGUAUCACCUGUGUUUUACUUCGCCCGUCACUCCACACUGAGCUGAAUCAAGACGGAAAAUGGUCUGAAAGGAAGGCAUUUUUCCUGUCUCUUUCCCAUUUCUUGUCUGCUGCUGUAAAGAGAAGGGGACAGAUCCUCAUGGACCUCCCUCUCAGUGCAGCAAAACUAUAGCAACUACUACAAUUUGCUGAUAUCGUUAAGGGGUGAGAGAAGGGGAAGAAUUUACUAUUGUAUUAUCAAAUAUAUGAUGCUCUUCACAUUAGACACAGCAAAGGGUUACUUUGCUGUACAAGUCAUGUCACAGCCCCUGAGAUAUUUCUUGUGGCACUCCCAUACUACAUAAUUUGUUGAUUAAAAGUGGAUUUUAAUCUUGGAUGACUCCCACAAUUAUGUUUUCCCAAGACUUUUAGGAUUUUAAAAUGUGCACACCAACUAAAUAUACAGCUUCAGUCCCUGCUCCAAAGCAUCCUCAAAGUGGCAUCUUGUUAUAUCAGCCCUGGACUUUGCACAACUUUCAGCAACAUAAACCUAGGAAAACAGAGGGAGCCAGGAGACUCCACUGAACAGCUAUCACCCAAGCUGAUGAGUUUACAGAGUCUGCCACUCUCUUCCUGCCUUUUUCUUCCCUGCCCACUUAUCGUUUUCACCUGCUAGACUUGUGCAGGGAAUAUUUGUCCCAUAAGUUUCUGUAGUGUCAGUCACAGUACUUUCCUUUCCUUCAAAACUUGCUUUCAUGAAAUUCUUGCAAGGGCUUAAAAAAAUGUCCUUAAAACCAACUCUUUUUUUGUCAUCUACCAUCAUUUAUGUAUGAAUAAUUUAACAAUUCAAUACAUUUUUCAAUUUUCCCCCAACAGUUUUAAUAUCAAACUGAUCCCUGGGUAAAUGGGAGACAAGUGGCAUGGUUUGAUUUCUGUUGCCAUGUCUUUCUUAUAUAUCUUUAGAGUAAAAGGGUAGUUAUAUUUUUGUUGAAGUUUUUAUUGGGCAUCUGUACAGAAGUGCUUUUAAAGCAUUACAUUAACUAGGAAACAACAGAAAUCAGUAUAAUAAAUGGUAAGUAAAUCACCCAACUCUCCCAUUUUGCAUUAUACAUGCACUGAAUGGAUGCAGAUAUUUGCUGUAGUAAUCUAAAACUAAAGCAAAGCCCUAAAUAGUGGUGAAGUAAAAUUGGUAGCAAUACCACUGGAAUCACUCAGGACACCAGAAGAGCAACAAGUAUCUCAAAUACCCUGUGGUUAUAUGUUGUGGUUGGAACACUAAAAUCCCUCUGUAAAAAGAGAAAGAGAAGCUCUAGGAGUGAUUAUACCACCACCCCUACCAGCACUCUCAAGCCCAUGAACUCAGCAUAGCCUGGUGUUAUGUGAUCAGCCACCAUCUUGGCACCCAAAAUACCAUUUCAAGUUUCUACAAAUACCAUACUGGAAAUGAGUAAGAAUAAAUUUUCUGUGUCACUAUUGCCCUACUUUAAGCUUUGCCCUCCUAAUUGUGCACUAAGUACAUCACCCUUGAUACCUCUGCACAUUAACACCCCACCUCUAAGAAGUCAUGAGUAAUUCCAGAAAUUUAAUUUAAAAGGAGGGGAGUGAAGGAAUUUUUGAAAGAGUAGGUCUCACAUCAGCCAAGUUUGACAGGUGCUGCUCUUCCUUGUAUGUAAAAUGAUAAGCAGCUGAGGAGAGCAGGCCAUGGCCACUUCAGAAAUCAUUAAUUUGUGAUGCAGAGGGGUUUUGAUACACCUCCAAAAUACAAAUAAGUUAAAAAUUGAGUUAAUGCAUCAGAUUCUAGUUUAAACAAAUUUCUAGUUUAGCCGUAAACAUCAGCAAGCCCCAAAGAAGUACAACACUGAACAUGUGCAGUCAGUAUUUCAUUGACCUGUACAGUCUGUUUCAUGCAUACUUUUGUCCCAAGGCUUUGCCAGCAUGCUCCCUUCAGUCCUCACAAAGGAGAGGUCUGACAGAACAGCCCCAGGAAAAGGGUAGUGGCACCAGCCUGCCAUACACUUCAGAAGGGGAUUCCACAACUCUCAGCACCCCAGGUGUGUCCACCUGUACCACUCUACAGCAGCUUUUCUGCUUUCCACUUGUGAGUAGGGAAGCACCUUGGUCAGCAGGCCUUGUGCCCACAUGAAUAUGUCUUUUUCACAUAACCCAUUCAAAUCCUCACUUACAGCCCUGUAACAUAAUGCAUGAGCUAACAGCAGCAUAUUACCAGCUUUACUCUUGAAUCAGAACAUUUGAGCCUUGAAAAACUGGAAUCUGUGUAUUAUAGCCUGAGCCUACUCUUUCUCUUUUUUCUGGUUAAUGAUUACAUUCUUCUCUCUCUCUCUCUUUUUUUUUUUUUUUUUUCUUUUUGGUUUGGUUUUGGUUUUUUGUCACAUGUCACUGGCCAUUUAUUUUUUAAACUAUCUGUGGUCAUUGGGCAUCCUUCUCAGGUACCAGAGCUGCACCUCUGCUGCCUUUGCCUGGCUCACACUGCCCUCCUCAGGGCCACCACAGCAAUCCAGAGGCAAUGACAUCUCCCUUAAGUCUUGCAGGCAGCCAGUGACAGAGAAAGAUGCUGUUGGCCAGCAUCAGCUGCCUUUACUCACAAGUAAUAGCUCAUCACCAUGCAAAUAAAAUGCUGAAAAAAAAAGAAGCACACUCAUCAGGGAAGUGCUGUUUUUUUGUAUAACAGGAGCAUAGUCUGACUCCAAUCCAUAGUUUCAGGCCACUGCCUAUGUUUACACUUCCCUCUGUAGUGUGAAUAUAUGCAGAUAUGAGACAGCUGACAUGGUUGUAUACCAAUUCAAAUCGCUCCAGUCAUACUCUGAACAUUCUGCAUAGUUGCAGAGCAAUAUCCACAUUAGUAGGAUGUUUAUCAUGCUCACUGAAUUUGUGUCACCAGCACAAGUGUUAAUGCAUUUGUUCUGGUACCUUGCCCACCAUAGCCCUUUCUGAGUUAUGUGUCACCAUUUCUGAGCCACAGUGUCACCAUCAUUGUCUUGAUUAUUGUGCUUUCAUGUGUUUAAGAUGUUAAGUUACAGACUUAAAACUCUUCACAGGAUAAACAAUCACUGGAGAAUAACUUAGUUUACUAUCUAGAAAGAGUUAUUAGCAAAAAGCUUUACAUAGACCUGAACAAAACUUUGUUUGUAAAACUCCAAGCACAGGCAACACAGCUUUUGCCUCGUCACAGAUAAAAAAAUUCAUGUCCUUUGAACUAUAGGGGGCUCAUGUCAAGGCCAAGCAGACUUUACACCUGUGACUUGUCAGGUACUUUGCCUUCCAAUUUGAGCUUUAUAUUUUGUUUAAAACCUAAACCUUACUGUAUAAUUCAUGGACAAAUCUUCAUCUGCUAUAAUCCCCCCCUCUAAAUACCUUGGGUUACCACAUGAGAUCUCCACCUGCACUUGCUUUAGUAGCAUCUCAGUGUUGGUAUCUGCACUGCAGAACUCAGUGCAGCACCAGUGUGAAACCAAGUAAGUGUGAAAAUGAGUUAGCAAGUAGAGAGGUCCAGCUCCAUGUGCUGCCUGUGCUUUGAACCUCUCUCCACAGCUUAGACCCCUGCUUAAAGUGCCUAAGCUGUUGAAAUCAAUGCAAAUGAUACAGCUGGGUGCAUUUCAUACUCAGGACUUGGUCCUUGGAUUCUUCAGUCACUACGUAUGGGUUCCCAAGUUCUCAGGAAAGGGAAAGUCCUGAUCAGUUCCUGAUGUCACCUUCUCUGCUGCUGUUCUUUCUACACCUUGUGCUUGAGAAAUCCACAAGACACAGCAAGUAUUCCCAUGCAUCCCAGUGCCCCAAAACUAGAACAUUCACAAAUCCAGUUUUAGCACAAAGGAGGCUGACCACAGCAAGACAAAGUAACUUAUUUCUUCCUAGCUCUUCUGUGUAGAAGCUUAUUCAGAAACUGAGCAUGUGGUUUGGCUAUUUUCAUCUUUCACAUCACAUUACUCAGUGCUAAGUAGUUUUAAAUUGAAAAAGAAAAAAAGAGUCCUUUUUUCCUUUGCCCUUCCUUUUGUGGGGGUGUGAUAAGUUUAUGUUUAAACAAGCUAUUUACUGAAUACUUUGGUUGUAGUAAUUUUUUGGAAGGGUUUAUGUGUAGUACUAAUCAUGUCAUAGGACACAAAAUACAGUUAGGUUUUUCUAUUUCUGAUCAUUCCACCGCUAUUGAGAAAAUGAUGCGAUACCAUUAAUUAAAAAAAAAAUACAAACAAACCUUCUCCUUUUUUAAGAUAAAAGGACCAAGUUAUUGUAGCAUAGAAGCACAAAUGUUGGAUUUUAUGCAGUGUAGACAACAGUGUCUGGCAGCUAGAGAUCCCUUUCUUCAAUUAACUUCCCUUUCUGAGUAGAACUACUGUAAGAAUCCAAUUUCAGGGUCUCUUGGCAGCCCUCACCAGCAAUGCAUCUGAGACUCCAGAAAGUUGUACAGCUGCAAGGAAGAAGUCAUAGCUCUUCCUUCUUUUGAUUCCACUAAUCCCCCUCAAAAUACAGGCUUUAUAUGUGACACUAACUGUAUAACAUCAUAGUAAACCAACAGCUUUCACCAAACAUGGGGGGGAGGAGGAGGGGUUAUUUAAAAAGAAAAUGUAUAUAUAUUUAAAAAGAAAAAAGCAUGUGGCAUAAGUAUGCAUGAGUCUUUUCACUUACUGCUCAGAGGUCUCCAAGCUAAAGAACUAAAAGCAGAGGAAAGAAGAAAUGCCCUAAUUCUGUGGAUACUGGUGGAUCCUGGAUUAAUGCAAUAAUGAGCUUGCCUGUGGGACCAGAUCCCUCAAAUCCUCCUUAUUUUUGGCAAAUUUGCAAGUUGAGGUUUGCAUAGUCUCCACUGCCAUAUUGAAUCAGGAAACUGAGUUUAUGGAGAGCAUUUUUUUUGUUAAGAAACAUGGCAACAGGAUCUAUUUCAAUCCUUUUACCCCAACAUUCCAUUUCUAAAAGGUAGUUUUGUACAUCCAUAGAGUUCACCUAAGUACCAUGGAGCACCAGGACCCUAUUCCCUGUGCUGCCAUUUGCUUCACCUGCAAUGAGUCUGCAGUGAGUUGCUGUCCUUCCAUGAGAACUAAGCUGAAAGAACAGAGCUGAGCUAUCAGAGACACAGGCAGACAGGUACCAGCAAGGGACAAAUAUCACCUCCACAAGCAGGCUGUGGCUCCCGAGCCCCCAGCUCUGCAGAGGAAAGCAGGAUUUUUGUACCACAGGGAAAACAGCCAGGAAGGGCAGAGCACUGUGUGGUGUCAGAGCCCUGUACUGCACACCAUUUGCUGGAGCAGACUGGAGCAAGAGAUUGAAAAGUAUUCAAUGACAACAGUGAGCACAUUCUUUGAGUUCCAGUCACUUUCUCUCCCUCACCCCCUUUUUUUGUCAUUAUUUAUGAGACUGCAAACAUACUUCCAUGGGUCCUUCGACCAGAACUGAAAAUUGAAAGCAAGCCAAAGGGAGUUCACACUCCAUUUUGCCAAAGAUCUAAUCCUUUCCUGUUCAAAAAUGAAAAAGAAAAAGCCCAAACCAAAUUAUAAUCCAUGAUGAUGGCUGCCAUAGGAAGCAUUUCACCACAAAACAUGAUUCCCAGGACUUCACCUCUCUAGCUGUGUAUUCAGGAGGAGCCACUAAUUCUUCUAAAAGAGACUGUAAAUCACCUUGUCAAGCAAGUGCUUACAUUGGGUUUACCUUCUACUGAGUUCAUACCUACCUGCAAUUCCCUGAUCUCAUCCAUCCUUCCUCCCCCAACCCUUCUGCUCUUCUUUAGAAAAACACAUCCCUGUGUCCACCACAUCCUGUUGUGCUGCUAGCUUGCUUUGGUCCUUGGGUGUCCAGUGGUCAGGCAGUCACUGUGAGCUGGCUUGCAAAUUGUAUUUUGUGUAUAUUUUAUUCUGACUGAAUUCUGAAAUGGAAAUAUUUUAAAACAAGAAUUAUAAACUAUUUAUGUUGCUUGUGUUGCAGAAUAAAGAAGUAAAUGCAAAA